AUGGCGCAACUCCUCAGAGGCACAGCCUUCAUCACGGGCGCCGCCUCGGGCAUAGGCCAGCACACGGCCCUCUCCUUCGCGCGGCACGGCAUCCGGCGCCUCGCCCUCGCCGACAUCAACGCCGCGGGGCUCGAGGCCGCCAACGCGGCCCUGUCGGCCAGGUUUCCGCACGUCGAGAUCCUGAGCCUGCGGCUCGACGUGCGCGACCCGCGGGGGGUGCGCGACUGCGUCCGGCGCACGGCCGACCGGUUCGGGCGGCUCGACGUCGCGGUCAACAACGCGGGCAUCGGGGGCAGCGGCCGGCCGACGCACGCGGUGCCCGAGUCGGAGUGGCGCGGCGUGCUCGACGUCGACCUCGACGGCGUGUGGAGGUGCCAGAGGGAGGAGCUCGCGGUCAUGGUGGAGCAGGAAGACCUAGGCGUGCGGGAAGGACGGGGCCGCAUCAUCAACGUCGCCUCGAUGCUCGGGCUCAUCGCCCCGGGCGUGCGGCAGCUCCCGCACACGGCCUACUCGGCUGCCAAGCACGGCGUGAUUGGCAUGACCCGCGGCGACGCGAACCACUACGGCCCCAAGAACAUCCGCAUCAACGCCAUCUGCCCCGGCUACGUCGAGACGCCGCUGCUGAACAAGGUCCUCGAGGACCCCAGCUCGCCCCUCCGGAGCGACUUCGACAACACGCCCCUGCAGAGGCUCGCCCAGAUGGACGAGAUCGGCGACGCCAUCACCUUCCUCGCCUCGCCCAUGAGCAGCUUCGUGCAAGGGGCGGCCCUCGUCGCCGACGGCGGCUUCUCCACGCAGUGA